UAGGCGCAGCGCUGAAAUUCAAAUUUGAACAGCAGUUGUUUUGUGCACAGAGAGAAGAGAGGAGCCGAGAAGAGAAGAGAAGCUGAGAGUCGCUCAGCUCGCCUCACUACGUCCUGUUUGCGUACACGGCUUUUAAAAUACCAAGUUGAUACCAAGGGACAAGCUGUCAAAAAUGGAUCCAUUUACUGAGAAACUGUUGGAGCGGACCCGGGCUCGCAGAGAAAACCUGCAGAAGAAAAUGGCAGAGAGGCCAAAUGCAGCCAACAGGCCGAUGGUGAAAAGGCCCAGAGAGCCACUGGCUGACACUAAUAGUGUGCUCAGUGAGCCAGUCAUUGAUAAAGUUCCACAGGGCUCCACCAGGCCUUCUCCUUCCAAGCGCAGUCGCUCAGGGGAAAAUGUUCAGCCUGCAGCCGGCGAGGAGAACCAGGAGCCGAUGUCGAUGCGACCCGUGGCCCCCACGCCCCCCGAUCCCAUAACAGACAAGAAACCACCCGUUGGCCCCGCCAGCGUCCGUCCUUCCUCAUCCCUGGAGAAGACUGCUGCCCGGCCUGCGGUCCAGUCUCAGCCAGGGCAGCUGAAAGCUGCACAACCACAGCCAGAGAGGAUGGCCGUCACCCCUGCCCCUGAUCCUCCCAGCAGCACAGAAGCAGAAAUGGGUCCUGUCAGUUCAGCCCCGCAGAGGAACAAGGAGGACCUGGUGGAAGAUCCAGCUCCAUCUGCUGCUGGCAUGAAGUCUCGUCUGCAUAGGCUGGCAGAGCAGAGAAAGUGUUGGGAUGGCACUGACACCUCUGACGCAGUUCCCGACUGCACUCCCCUGUCCCUGUUGAAGAGACAAGCUGAGGUCCCACUAGUCACCGUCCCCACCGUGUCCUCAGGAACUCCACUGGGGAGGAGAGGCAGGCUGGCCAACCUCGCUGCCACCAUCGGAACCUGGGAGGACGACCUGAGCCAUGCCAACAUUCCCACUGGGGAUGCAAAAGAGAAGCCUAGUGCAGCUGCUCUCAAGUUCGCAGCCAGAGAUGCCAUGGUGGCUGCCAGCACUAAACAAAGUGCUGCAGGCCACGUGGUGGCCACUUCUACUGCAAGCAGCAAAACCUCUAAUCUAAGCUCUAAUCAGCAGGCUUCUUAUUCUCCGGUGAAGUCUAGCAGAGUGGUUUUCCCAAGCCCCCAGAAGGCUGACACUCCGGCAGCCAGGCCAGCACUUCAGUCAGUAACCAGUCCCCAGAAGAGCUCCGCCCAGAGAACAGCCUUCCCAUCCAGUCCCCAGAAAGCCGGCCCUUCCUCCUCAACAUCCGUGCCUCAAAGUCCCGUGAAGAAUCAGGCCCUCUCCAGGGCCCUCAACCCCACCUCCAGCCCCCAGAAGCCAGAACUCUGUGCCAAGCCCACCACUGCUGGCCCCUCUGUCCCCCAGGAAAAGGCCACCGCCGGAGCACCUGGUGUAAAAUCUUUCCUGGAGCGCUUUGGAGAGAGGUGCCAAGAGCGUACCAACCACAGCUCCCCAGCAGGGGGCACUCCCCAAGCCAAAACACCCACUGUAACUCCAUCAUCAGUAACACCAAACAGCAGACUGGUACAGGAGAGGUUCAGAGCUGCCCAGACUGCAAACACGACCACUGCUGAUCUCACCCAAAGACAGAAGCUGGAGCGAGAGUCUGAGCUGGCUCAGAUUCGCAAUCGCUUUCAGAAGGGGAACAAUAUGUGGAAAAACAAAGAUGAAGCAGCAGAAACCAAUAAAAGCACGGACAUCAAGGAACAGCUUUACAAGCCUGUGGAGGUUGAUGUUGCCCCAUGUGAGCCACAGGACGAACCCACAGCACCGUCCACUGAAAGUACAUGCACACCCACAAAGUGCCCUCCUCCAGGUCAUGGGUUGGUGGUCUCGCCUCCAGUCUCAGCAUCCAGUCCUCUGACGGUGGUCGCCCGCACCAUGGAGAACACGACUAAAGAAACCCCAGAAGAUGAGGAGGUGGUAAAGGAGAUAGAGAUGAAUGUGGACCAGUCUAUCAACUCUGCAGUCAUCAAUGAGCUGUUUGAUGGAGUCCUGGAGCAGAGUGAUGAUGAUGAGGAAGAGGAAGAUGCUUUGAAUAUCUCCUCCAUGUCCCUCCUUACUCCGCUAGCAGAGACCGUGGCUGCUGUGGUGAAGAGUCCAGAGAGGAGAAUGAUGACAUCAACCCCAGCCAGCUCAUUCAUCGUAAAGAGCAACACUCCAGACAGUGUUUCCAGACCUAGCAAGUUCCAGAGAACUAACAUGAUUCGGACUGCCUCCUCAGACAGUGUUGAGGCCUCAGACGAGGACCACAAGUUGCCAUAUAGCAUUGAUGCGUAUAGGUCCACCAGGGUGAAGGAGACUGAGAGACCCAACGUUAAACAGGUGAUUGUGAGAAAUGAGGACGUUUCUCAAAGAGCGGAGGAACCCAGAGGAUCCAGUCUCUUCAGCAUCAAACAGAAGAUGAAGAUUCUGACCAAUGAGAUGAACCUGCAGCAGACUGUUAUUCAUCAGGCCAGCCAGGCACUCAACUGCUGCACAGACGAAGAGCACGGCAAAGGAUCCCAGGUGGAGGCUGAGGCACAGAGGCUGCUGCUGGUGGCCACGGAGAGGAGGGAAGCAUUGAAGGCAGAGCUGGACCGUCUCAAAGGGGACCCAACAGGCCAGAAAAAGGCCCCCGCAGCCCCAGAGCCUUCUAGCAUGUCUGCAUCCAAGGGCUCCAUCACCCUGCAGGAGUUACGCCUGCCUCUCAAGGCAGACUUUGCUUGCUCCACUGCCAACAAGCCAGAGUCCACCAAACAUUCUUUCUUCAUCAUGAUUCGUGCCGGAGCAGAGAACACCGUGGCCACACCGUUAGCCGGCACACACCGCGGCCUCAGUGGGGACACCCUCGCCUUCCCUACCAAGUUCACCAUAUCUGAUGUCUCCAGCAACUUUGAAAUUGAUAUUGAGGUGUACGGCCUGGUGCAGAAGCGUGAGGUCUGCAGUGACAAGAAGAAGAAACCCAGCAAGUCAAAGGCCAUCACUCCAAAGAGAUUCCUUGCCAUCACUAAAAGUGUCCAGACACCAGUCGUGGCCAGUCCAGGCGGUCCCAAUGCUGUUCGCACCAGUAACUUCGUCCUGGUCGGAUCACACAAGCUCACCCUGUCCUCUAUUGGGAAAAACAAAUUUCCUUUGGAGAAGAUCAAAUAUGAAGGAAGUGAAAGAGAACUACUCAGUGGCAUGUUUCAUACCAAGGUGCCGUUCCUGUGCCCUCUGGAGGGCCACAUCUACCUCAAGAUGCAGUGUGAAGUCGGCUCAAAGGUGGAGGAGAGGGGCUUCCUGACUAUGUUUGAAGACGUAAGUGGAUUUGGAGCCUGGCACAGGAGGUGGUGUGUCUUAUCAGGAUACUGCAUCUCCUACUGGACUUACCCAGACGAUGAGAAGCGCAAGAACCCCAUCAGUCGCAUCAGCCUGGCUAACUGCACCAGUAAGAGGGUGGAACCAGCCAACCGAGAGUUCUGUGCCAGACCCAACACAUUUGAGCUCAUCACAGUCAGACCACAAAGAGAGGACGACAAAGAGACACUGGUCAGUCAGUGCCAGAACACCAUGUGUGUCACCAAAAACUGGCUGAGUGCAGACACUAAGGACGAGAGGAAUCUGUGGAUGAAGAAACUGAAUCAGAUCCUGGUGGACCUGCGCAUGUGGCAACCAGACGCCUGUUACCGGCCACUGUAAUGAUUGCACUCUGUCACAACCAGCCCUCCUAUCUCUUGGACUGUCAAUAUCAGUGACACAUGCAAUUACUAAGUGCAAUACAGUAUAAGAAUUGUUAAAUAUUUCUGCGUGUGGACGUUUUACAGGAGAUAAGUAAUCAAACACAAGCUCCAGAUCAGAGGAACGUAAAUAAAGCCAUACAUUGAAACAUUUCAGUACAGUAUUUUGCGUAGGAGUCUGGGUUUGGCACUAUAUUUUAUGCAUUUCCAGACUGGUUUGAUACCCUUUGAUGUGUUGGGGUAUUGUUGAGUUGCUGAAUUAUUAUGUUGAUGCCAAUAUUUUGUGUCACUGACACAUAUUGCAUGGCUUUAAAUUAUUUGGUUUCGAAGCUGAAAUCAAUAUGAACGGUGUUGAAAUUACAGAUGAAUAUUAAUUUGAAGCACCAGAGUUUUAUCACAUUUUAUCCUGCAUGGCAGCACAGAACUACACUGAUACAUUGGUUGGUUUUUACUUUAUAUAUUAGCUUUUAUAAGUUUUGGCAGGACUUUCUCUUGUUUUUUUUCUUCAUUGUUUUUUCAUCCAUGCACAGAGUUUUGAUAUCAGUUAUACCACAGCUUUUAUUCACUUUGUAAUGUCUGUUCAGUGUUUAUGUAACUGGGGGUAAGGUCUGUUAUAUAUUCUACACUAUACCAGUAAUAAUAUUUGAGAGUAAAAAAAGUCCAACAACCACAUAUUGACCAAUAUAUUUUUUUUUUAUGCAAAUGAAAAACAUUUUUAAUAAGGUUCCCAUUUUUAAUUUUAGAGUUCAGACCAACUGAUACAAAUGUAAAACAGUUGUCAGUGUUCUCUGGCGGACCAACUAUGUAACAGCAACACUAUAUAUGACCUUAAACACGCUUUUGGCUUUCUGUACCACAGACCUUUUUCACAGCUACCAUUUUGACAUAAAAUAGUAGGGUAAACACACAUGUACAUUAGUAGUAGUACGCUGACUACAUUUGACCUGAAUGAAACCGAACCUCAGUUACUAUCAUUGGUUACACCUAGUUUACCCUACUAUUUCAUGUCAAGACUGCUGUGAAAAAGGUCUAUUGGAACAUACGCUGAUAAAAAAUUCUCAGCUGGCUUUUACUCCAUGUGAACUGUGUGAGCAUCGUAUUAGCUUUUUUGGUGUUUUUAGCACCAAAAGUUGUUCUUAUAGCCUGGUAUAUUCUUACUGGCUUCAAACUGCUUUGAAAAUAAUGUCAGACUCAUUUCUCUUGUACAUUUUGCCAGGAGUGCAGAUUUAUUAUAUUUUUAGGAUUUUAAAGAGACUGGUUCCUUUUUUUGCACUUGCUCAUUAAGCAGUAAUAUCUGAAAUAUGUGUUGUUACUACGUAUUUAGCUUUGAUGUGCUGCCUAUGAAGCGUAUAUAACGGACUGCAUUUUCAUCAUGUUAAAAUGAAUACAAACUUGCAAAACUAGACAAGAUGUAUUGAUUCUUCACACCUUCUACUUACAUUUUCAUCCUAAACGAUAUCAGUGAGCAGGAUGUUAUAUAUGUUAGUGGUUUCAACAGAUAGCUUUAAUAGGCUUUACUUCUUCAGUGUCAGGUAUUUGUCAAUCAAUGAGACUUCAAUAAAGGCCUGCUUUGACCAAAAUGGGCCAGGUUGCUAAUGCUCAAGUCCUUUUUAUUUUCAUUUUAUUGAAAUGUAACAUUAAAUUGGAUCUACCGUUUUGAAUGGUUUUUCCUGAACACAACCACAAGGGGCC